CGUCAGCGCGUCCCCUGCGUGUGGGUGUGUGCCUGAGAGGAGAAGAUGGCUGCGGAUCGGGAGAGUGAGAAGGCUCGGAUUUGAUGGUGGAGGACAGCCCGUCCGCUGCAGAAACACGGGGGAGAGAACACGGCCCGCGGUGUGUCGGAGUUCCGGCGGGCCUCCGGUGGAUGUGUGCGUGCCCGCUGUGGUGACCCGUGCCGGGCGGACAGUGGAGCUGUGACCCAGUUCGGCUGCUGGGCUGCCCGCUAGCUUUAGCGCUUUCUAUUCCCGGGACAUCACCCACCGCACCUCCACCAUCCAGCGGAGGAAGAGCGAGCGGGGGACGCGGGAGGAGUUAGCCGGGGAACAGCACUCAGUCUGUGAGGUGAGUGUGUGUGUGUGUGUGUGUAUCGGUAUGGAGUGGUGCUGGCUCCAGACCGGAUGACAGCGCUGGCCAGCCUUAUUCCCACAUCCUGACCACCUUCUUAACGUGACGCGACCCCAAACUCUGCUGAGGACGACAGCGGGAUUCCCUCCUUUUCAUGAUUUCGUCUCUCCUCCUCUCCAGAACACCUGUGGACUCUCUCUCUCUUUCUCUCUUUUUGGUUCUUUUUUUCUGUCCCACGUUUUCCCUUCCUCCCCCUCUUUCCCCACUACUCUCCUCUUCCUCCUCCUCCUCCUCUUUUUCCUCCUCUCUUUUCCUUCUCUGACCUUUUCCCUGUUACUCAAGGCCGUCUUGUGAGUUUUGACCCUCUCUGAGCUGAAGAUGAGUUGGCUAAGCCGUAUCACUCCCAGGGGAACCGGAGGACGGACGGAUCGGAACGCUGCCCCCUCCAGCCCCUGUACUGCAGACCCUGAAACAUGCUUGAUGGUGUUUGAGAAUCACUGGAGACAGGUAUCCUGGGUGUUGGAGCAGAGGGACUCUGGGGCCGGAGGAGCAGAUGAUCUGACUGCAGUGAGGAAUCACACUGAUCAGAUGUUGUGUCUCCUGGCAGAGGAGAGACCAGCAGGGGGCGACAGUGAUCCACCAGCAAUGGGCCCAAUUCUGCAGCUGGUGUCUUCUGAGAACAUCUUGGAGAGGCUGGUGCAGUGGCACAUACGCCGUGGCCUGGACCCCGACAGCCAGAUGGCACUGCUAAAGCUGUUUGAGAUGCUUAUCGGUCAGUCCCAUCAGCCUUUGCUCCAGCACACCUCCGUCCUGCAGCCGCUGCUCAUGCUGCUGGGAGCCUGUGUGGACCCUCAGUUCGGAUGUCCCUCGAACCUGGAGGCAAGCCUCGUCCUGCUGCUUAACCAGGUGUGUGUAUCGAUGGCGAGGCAGCCUGCAGUGUUGGAGCUGUUGUUCAGGUGUGGGGCGGUCCAGCAGGGUCCCACUAACCUGCUGAUCUUCUCUCUGUUGGUGCCGUUUAUCCAUCGAGACGGCGUUCUGGGUCAGCAGGCCCGUGACGCUCUGCUGCUCGUCAUGGCUACCUCUGCCAGCAACCACGCUGUGGGACGCUACAUCACUGAGAACUCCUACUUCUGCCCGGUCUUGGCGACGGGGUUGAGUGCUCUGUACUCGUCUCUGCCGCGGAAGAUCGAGGUGCGGGGUGAUGACUGGCACGCUCUGCGCCGGGAGGACUGGAUGGGAGUGCCGUCUCUGGUGCUCUUCAUGAACAGUCUGGAGUUCUGUAACGCUGUGGUGCAGAUCACUCACCCGCUCGUGCGCUGCCAGCUCCUCGACUACCUCCACAAUGGCUUCCUGGUGCCUGUAAUGGGACCUGCCCUGCACAAGUCGUCUGUGGAUGAGAUGAUUGCGAGCACAGCCUAUCUGGACUUAUUUCUGCGGAGUAUCACAGAAAAGUCCCUCCUCAAGACCUUCCUCCGUUUCAUCCUGCUGCACCGGCACGACAACGACACAAUCCUCGACACACUGCUCACACGCAUCAGCAGCAACUCACGGCUGUGCAUGGUCUCUCUCAGUCUCUUCAAGACUUUGCUCUCCUUCAACUGUGAAGACCUCAUGCUCCAGCUCGUUCUCAGGUAUCUGCUGCCCUGCACACACGUGAUGCUGAGUCAGCGGCGUGCCGUCAGAGAGACUGACCUCUACGGCAAAUCAGCCGAUAAGUUUCUGUCUCUGAUCCCGGAGUGCUGCCGGAUCACCACAGCGCCCUCCGGUGAGAGGGAGGAGGAGCCGGCCUUCUGGGGCAAAGUGUUGGGCAGCCCCACUUCCGAGUCACCGGUACACCCCAGACCCAGCACUCCAUCCCGCCUGGCACUUUUCAUCCGCCAACAAAGCUCUGGAGGUGCAGGAAACCCCUCCCCCUCCUCCGGCCUCGACAACACUCCCUCCUCCCCCCGCAGCAGCGUUCCCUCUCCCAACAGCCCAAUGCACCAGCAGCCAGACGCUUCAGACGCUGAGUCAGGGUACCUGGAGUACCUGCGUGACGCUCGCCGGGGUAUCGAGCUGUGCUCCUGGGCCUGUCGGAACUGGUCAGCUCCUUACGAUGGAGAGAACCCGUCCCCAAACGCUGCACCGCCUCCACCCCCUCCUCCAACGUCCAAUCCGUCUCUCAGUAUGGUGCCUGAGCACUUCUCCAUGCAGCAGCGUGGAGGACUUACAGACGCCGCCCAGCAGAGGGCAGCGGUGGUGGCGGCGGCUCGAGCGGAGUGGAGCAGCUCGGAGAGGAACAGCGGAGAGUGGGACGUCACCAUCACCAAAAACUGCAUCAGCCUCACCCCACGCAGCAAGAAACGCAGCCUACUGCCCAGCUCCAUCCCUAUGCAGCCUUCCUCACUACCUUCAUCAACCACUGUGCCCUUAUUAGGGACCGAAGAACCCACGGGUUCACAUACGGCCCCUCACCGAUCGCUUUAUAACGGCACCGGACAGGUAGAUGAACGAGUGGACAGCUCGGAUGGUGGGAUGGAGGUGAAGAAGGUGAAGAGAGACGCAGACGUCACAGACGGAGACUCCAGCAUGAACGGAAGAGUGGGUACGGGCUCUAUCGAAUCCAGUCUUACCUUACAGGGAGGCUACAGGGAUUUCCACACUGCUUCUACUACAGUGAAGAAACCAGCUCCAUCUCAGGUGCAAUCCAAUAUGCUUCCACAACCACAACCACAAAGAAGCCCCCCAAUCCUACAGCCUUCAUCCCAGGAAUGUAACCCCAGCGAGGGCCAAAGAUCAACUUCAACUUCAGCACCCAGCACGGCCGACACCACCCUCACGACGUGCUCCACCCACGGCCUGGAGUCUGUGGAGAGCUUGAUCGAGGAGCUACUGGAACAGACGCCGUCCGAACCUCAGCCCGGAGACUCCAACGGCCAGGGCAUCAGCAUCGAAGCUUUCCACCAGGAGCUAAGAGAGCUGGAGGAGCAAGUGAAAGCCAGGAAGGUUCACACUAGAAGCUUUGAUGAAUUCAGCCAGGAUCCCUUAACCGCCUCUCCUGGUGCAAACCGUGCAGACGAGGAAUGUCCUCCGCUGGAGCCAGAGCAGGGAGGUGCCGGCGAAUCGAAGACCGAUGGAAUGUUUAGCCCAGCAAGACCCCUCGGGCAACCUCUCGCACAACCUUACAUAGGUCCUUUCAUGACGGUGCUCUUUUCAAAGCUGGAGAGCAUGAUGCAGAAUUCUCUGUAUGUGAACAUUCUGCUGACGGGCAUUGUGUUUCAGCUGGCCUGCUACCCUCAGCCUCUCCUCCGCUCCUUCCUUCUCAACACAAACAUGGUGUUCCAGCCCAGCGUCAAGUCCCUCAUACAGGUGCUCGGAACUGUGAAGAAUCGUAUUGAAGCUUUUGCUGCAGUUCAUGAGGAUUUUCCCUCCAUGCUGAGGAAAGCGCGGCGCUUCCUCGCGGCGAGAGGCAAACUGGACUGGGCAGACUCGCCCACGGCAGUGCCGCCUCUGCGCCGCUCAGACUCACUGGUGAAGAGUCGGAAGCCGUCGCUGGGCGAUCUGAUCCUGAGGCACACCAACAGUCCGACGCGGGCGCGGCACGCGGCUCAGGCAGCCCUGGCUCACGUCAGGGACGGUGGUCAGUCUCUGCACAGCGCCCUCUUCAGGGGGGUGGUGGCGGGCACCGGGGCAUCCGGUCUAGAGAAGCAGGCGGAGGCUCUGCGUGUGAAGAACACAGUUUACUGUGCCGUAAUAUUCUCUGAAUUUCUCAAAGAGCUGGCCGCUCUGGCACAGGAACACGCGGUGGCCAUGCCCUUCCCCCCCAGCCAGGGUACUGAGGAAUGAGUGCGCCCGCUGUGCCCGUCCUACCCACUGUUCCAGGCACACAGCUGUAGAAAAACACACAACGUACGACAUUAAGACUCAUUAUUGUUAUCUUAUUUAAUUUUUUUCAUAGGAACCCUUAAAUUUCAUUUUUUGGACUUCUUCUAAGGACAAACUGUUGACUUUAUGAAAAAAGGAAAAGGAAAGCCGACGUGCGGACAGAGACAGGUGUAAUCUUGUGUUUAUAAUAUUUUUUUUUAACUGUACAGGAUAUGUAAGAGCAUCAUUGAUAAAGCUUUAGAAAAUUGUGCACAUAAAUCUUGUAAAUAGUCUAUAUAAAAUAUGUGUAUAAUGUUUUUACACAGUACACUCAGAGCAACCUGUAUCCUUUAAUGUGGAGGUUUGGCUGUAAACAGGCAAUUCCUAGAGGACAAGUUCUGCCUGAUUUAACUACGUAUUGAUUUUCAUCUUCUGCUGCUGCUGUUGUGCACCGUGAAUUUUGUUUUUUUUUGCAAGAAAUCAUUGUAACAAGAAUCUACACAUGUGUGAUACUUGCUUAUAGAUAAGUAUGUAGGGAGAUAUUUAAUAGUGUUAUAUUGUUUUUGAUCAAUUUUAUGUCCAGAAAGUUUCACCUUAAAUUAAAAGCACAGUCCUGGUCAAUGUAACGAUACAUCAUAAGGUAAAUGGCAUGCUGGAAAUGUGAAUAAUCAAUAUUUAGUUUAUGAUGCAGCAUGAACUUGUCCUUUAGAGUCUUGCCUAAGAAGAAAACUUUUUUUUUUGUUGGUUUUUAAUCAGAAUUGGGGGAAACAAUUUAAAAUUUAGCAUUUUUAGGAAAGAAAAAAGAAAAACCAAUACAUUGUAUUCCUGCUUUGUAUAGAAACAAAUCUUACUUUAAGAUCAUUACAGAAUUACAGAAUGAGAAACCAUUGGCAGUUAGCUCAUGUCAAUCAAUCAAUCGCACAGCAGUUUCCUUCAUUGAAACCUUGGGUGCGUUUGUUGUUUAUGCUGCCCUGUUUUGAGUUUACAUGAACAUUUUAAGGCUGCAAUUUUUUUAAAUCAAGCGCACAUUCAGCCUUUAAUGAAGAAGUAGUGUGAGACGGAAAUGUGGGUCUUGCCUUCUGUUUUAGGUGGAUUCAGGUUGCAUGCUUUUGAGUGUCGGCCAAUCACUGCCCCUCCAUGUGUCCUUUGUUUCUGAAAAUGUCCAAUAGAGUGAUUAAACUGUUAAGAAGGGAAUAAAACAGCUCAACUAUUAAGCCCAGGAUAAGACUUGAGACGAAACUGAAACCUGUUCCCAGCUCACACCACAGAGAUUAAACCUAAAAGCAGCUUUUUAAUAGGUUAUUGGAUUACAUUGAGCCCCCUGAGCAUCCCACAAGAAGACCAUGAAGCAAGCAUUUAUUCAGAAAAGCUACAUUAGAAACUUACUUGCACUCUCCAAGUUUUAAUUUACUGGAUUUUAUUCUGUUUUUAGAUGCACAGCACUUCCUAAACUCCUAAACUUUACAUAAAUCAUUAAUUCAUUCAGCCACUUGUGUGGAGGCUUUUUCCACUGCUUAAAAAAAAGAAAAAUCACAUUCUCCCACAUUAACAUUUGUUUGUAAAAGAAAGAUCUAUUCAAAGGCUUUAAAGAUUGUAAAGCCUUUAAAGCCUGUAUGCAGCCUCAAAGUUCUAGAUGCUAAAUUGCAUUUUAAAAGAAUAUGUUUUUCUACACUUUUUUUUUUUACACAAAACCCAAACAAAUUAUCUGUAGUAACUCCAGCUGUCAGACACUAAACUACCUGUUAGCUCCUGUGAUUCUGACAAAAUGAAACCGAAACUUCACGUGAAGAAUUCAGAUAAAUGAAGGGUAUCAGAUUUACCAUUCUAUCCUGCUGUGUGAAUAUACAGGGGUUGGACAAUGAAACUGAAACCUUGUUUUAGAGCACAAUAAUUUAUUAUCCUGACGGACAGUUCUGGUGGAAACAGGAGAGUUGAGGUGCACAUUGAAUUCUGUGUGAUUUGAUCAGCCGCGGUUUUAUGUUUUUUUGGAUACAAUCCCGGUUAGCACCCGAACAUCCCUUUCAGACAGCUUCCUCUUACAGCGUCCACAGUUAAUCCUUUUGGAUGUGGUUGGUUCUUCUUGGUGGUAUGCUGACAUUACCCUGGAUACCGUGGCUCUUGAUGCAUCACAAAGACUUGCUGUCUUGGUCACAGGUGCUCCAGCAAGACGUGCACCAACAAUUUGUCCUCUUUUGAACUCUGGUAUGUCACCAAUAAUGUUGUGUGCAUUGCAAUAUUUAGAGUAUAACUGUGCUCUUACCCUGCUAAUUGAACCUUCACACUCUGCUCUUACUGGUGCAAUGUGCAAUUAAUGUAGAUUGAACACCAGGCUGCUUUAAUUUAGCCAUGAAACCUAAAAUCCCACACUAAAAUGAUGACAGGUGUUUCAGUUUCAUUGUCCAACCCCUGUAGAUUAUGAGUGUGCGACACUGUGAACAAAUGCAUGCUGUUUCUCAUGUCAGGUGUGAUAUUCUCAGUGGGAAAGCAGAGAUCCACCUGGGCUGCUGGUUUAGGAAUGAUGUUUUAUCCCUUUUUUAAAUGUUUUUUCUCCGUCUUAGACAUCUCAGACUCUGUUUUUUAGUUUCUCCUGUGGUCGGCCGCAGGUUUGCAGACAGGAUUUCGACAGGAUUUCAGAAGAGCCCUGAAAUCUCUGCUCUGUUGGGAAAUGUGCCAUGUUUGAAAAGCAGAAGCCAUCUCAGUGUUUCAGAAGAUCAGUGUGCUUGAAAUUAGGGGGGAAAGCUGCGAAUGCACAAUGAUUCAGUUUAGUUUUCUUAAUUUUUUUUUUUUUUUUUUUUUUUUUUUGUUUAAUUUGUUUGAUUGCCAAGACACUUAUGACACUUUAGUAUCCAUUGUGGAAGUGCUGCAUGUUUGAGUGCAUGUGUGUGUUUUGCAUUUUGGGCUUUUGUGAGAAUGACUCGAUUCUUUGAAAAUAAUAUUUUUCUCAUUGAUAUUUUUUUUUUAGUUUGUUUGUUUAUUUGAUCAUUGCACAAGCCAUAGAGAUGAUACCUCACAUUUUGUUCUAAUUUCUGACUGCUUGUUUUUUUUGAGUGUGAAUUGCUCCCUGCAGCCAAAUCAUAUCAUGUGUUGGAAAGGUGGCAAAGAUCUGAUUUAAGGAGGCAUUUUUACUGGAAAUGAAAUCACUUUAAAUCAUGUAUGCAUAUUAAAUCAGAUUGAUAUUAUGAAAGGAGGAAGCGAUAGUUUAAAGAAAGUACAGAUCAGUAGAUGGAUGGAAUGGCUAGUUAGUCUCAGUAUCACUUCCUUAAACAUCAAUGUAUCCAUCCUCCCCAGCUACUCAUCUGCCCUACUUCUGUCCGUUAUGUUCAGAUGGAUAUAAAAAUAUAUAUUUUUUCUGCUCUUAUUUUGGGAAAAAGUGUUCUUUUAAGUGUUUUCUUGACAGACAGCAUGUGGUUAUGUUUGAAUGUGGUGUGCCAUGCCAGUUUCGUCAGAUGGGAGAUUUAUUUGCAGGAAAGUGUCUUUUCAUUUGUGUUCUUUUUUAUUUACCAAGUGUUUGGAUGUAAAUCUGAAUCCAUGUUAGAUUUUAACUUGAACAUCCCUGAUUUUAUUUUCUUAUUUCUUUUUCUUAAUUCACAUUAGUGAAAAGUGUGAAUAAACAUUGUGCACUAGAUCAUUAUUACAUCUAGGGAAGAUAAUUAGGCACAAAUAUGAGCUUGAGGUUUCAUGAUUUUAUUGAUUCAGUAUUUUACAGAUAAUAUCUAUAUUUAUACACUGAGAUGCCAUAAGUCACGGGAUAUGUAGUAUGCAGUAUGCAGAUUGAUCAUGAAGUGUUCCCUCAGGGGACGGCUUGGAAAUGCCCAAAGUUGUAAGGUAUUAUCUUGUGAGUGAGGUAAAACACUGUCCAGCAUGCUCAUGGCAAGGAGAAGUGAAUUAUCAGUACCAGGCGUAGAUCAGUAUCAUGACCGGUGGCAUCUGGCUAGAAUUGUCCGUGUGAACGGAAAAGUGACUCUGGCAGGAAUCAAUCACAACCUCACAUGCAUAUUGUUGCUGUCAAGUGAAAAAAAUUGUAUCUCCAAAACAGCAACUUUACAGAAUAUAUAUAUAGAAAUAUGUGUAAAAAAGGGUUUAUUUUAGGUCAUUUUGCAGAAUUUCUAUUGGUUCAUUCAUUAAAAAAAAUUGACACAGUGUAAGAGGCAAAAAUUGUCAUUUUAUUUUUAUUUUUUUAUUUUUAUUUUAAAAACUGGCCAAUCAUGAUUGUCGUUAUACACGAUUGAGGACAUUCUGGCUUAAAACUUGGCAUCUAAAAUAUGAUGUUUGUCAAGUUAUGUAAUAUGGUGAUCCUUACUUUACCCAUAAAGAAAAACAGCAAAAAGAAGAUCCUAAUUUGGGAAUUAAAAACAGUUCACCUACAAAAUGGGACACAUCUUCAGAGGUCUUAUUUUAUUUUUUUUUUUUUUUUGUAAGCAAACUUCCAGCCAUUUUUGAUGCCUGUUAAUUAUGUAUUUACUUUACAGCACCUUUUACACACACAUCAGUUUUUCAGAUUUGAAAACUCGAGAGCACUUCAAUUUCUCACUUGUCUGUGGAUGAAGUGAAUUCGUUAGUGUUGCAGCUUUUGGGUGAAUUUUGGGGAAAUUAUUUGCCUGUUGAACGUUUGAUAAUUGUAGGAAAAUGGGGAAUGUGUGCAUGUGCAAAGGAAUUUUUUUUUUAUUGUGUAAUUGUUCAUUUAUUUUAUUUUUUUAAUACUGUAUUAUCUGAGUUAUUUUCCUUUUAUUUUUUUUUUAGCUUAAAUGGAGAGUGGAUGUUUUGUUUGUGGCGCAUUAUCUAUGCAAAUAUGUCCCAGUGGUUGUUAAAAAAACAGUUCAGCUUGUGUAAACACACACACACACACACACACACACACACACCUUACCGUUUAAACCCAGCCCACCUUUCUCUUCCUUCGAUAAUCUACAGGACUGUGUGAAAACUCAUGCGAAAUGAUGAAUUUUGCCAGAAAUAUUUUUCUACACUUAAAAUCCUGAGUCAGUACGAUUGAUCUUAAUGGGGUGAAGAAAAAUCAAUGUUAAACCUCGGGGGUAAAGUAUGUAAAACACUAAAAGGGAAUGUUUUUAUUAAUUUAUAAAUGUUUUACCUAGCAAUACUAAUGAUGCCUUGGUCUUUAUUUGA